UUGAUGGUCCUUGUUUGUUUAGUGUAGUUUGAGUGUUAGUGAGAGUGAUAGAGUGAUAUGGCGUGUCUGAGAUUCUCACAAGCAGCACUACCACAGGCUCAGCUCGGACUAGGGUUUCCUUCGCCACCUCAAUUUCUCUCCAUUGCUCCACCUCUCAAAUUCUCUCUCUCCUCCUCUACCUUCAGGUGCAAAGUUUUUAGGAGGUUGAAAGUGAAUCAGAGGCUGUUGACUGUGUUCGCAACAAACCGUAACUCUGUAGAUGGGAAAUCACCCAAAGAAGGAUCAGAUGUAAAUGAAACUAGCAAUGCUUCUCAGGGUCCUCCUCUCCUUACUAUUUUGGCUGGAUUCUUUGUCCUUUUCGUCGUUUGUUGGAGCAUUUGGUCCAUUAUAGCGUGGCUGAUAAGUUUGAUAGUUACUGCACCUGCUCCGAAAUAAAUUUGAUUAUAAUGUUUGUGUUUGUAUUUUAAGCAUCUGCAUUAGUCCUUAUGAAUUUGUCUUAAUUUCUUUCUACGCUUUUCGACUUAGUAGUAUUUGAGUGCUAAACAUGCUAAAGUGAGCUAAAAGCUGGUAAAGGAUAGAAACAGAAUUGGCAACUCCUAAUGCUGGUCCUAAGUGGGAGAGAGCUUAUGUUCUCGUCUGGGUAUUGUCAACCAUCUUUUAGUUAUAGAUUCCAUUGGGGCUGUGACUUUCUCAAUAAAUAGAUUUUUUUCUUCUCGAAAGACGCAACACAACUUCAUAUUAUCAUAUCUCUCUUGUUUUCAUCUCA